AUGUCUUGCGAGGACGGGCCGGGGGCGGGCCCGGGGGCGGCGGCGGCCCGCGAGCGGCGGCGGGAGCAGCUGCGGCAGUGGGGGGCGCGGGUGGGCGCCGAGCCGGGCCCCGGGGAGCGGCGUGCCCGCACCGUGCGCUUCGAGCGCGCCGCCGAGUUCCUGGCGGCCUGCGCUGGCGGCGACCUGGACGAGGCGCGCCUAAUGCUGCGCGCGGAUCCCAGCCCCGGCGCCGAGCCCGACCCCGCCGCCCCGCCGCCCGCCCGUGCCGUGCUCGACUCCACUAACGCCGACGGCAUUAGCGCCCUGCACCAGGCUUGCAUAGAUGAGAAUCUGGAGGUGGUGCGCUUCCUGGUGGAGCAGGGCGCCACUGUGAACCAGGCGGACAACGAGGGCUGGACGCCCCUGCACGUGGCUGCCUCCUGUGGGUAUCUGGACAUUGCCAGGUACCUCCUGAACCACGGGGCCAACAUUGCUGCCGUCAACAGCGAUGGUGACCUGCCCCUGGACCUGGCUGAGUCGGACGCCAUGGAGGGGUUGCUGAAGGCGGAAAUUGCCCACCGAGGUGUGGACGUGGAGGCAGCCAAGCGGGCCGAGGAGGAACUGCUGCUUCAUGACACGAGGUGCUGGCUGAACGGGGGCGCCAUGCCAGAGGCCCGGCACCCCCGCACUGGAGCUUCUGCCCUGCAUGUGGCUGCCGCUAAGGGCUACAUAGAGGUGAUGAGGCUGCUCCUUCAGGCUGGCUAUGACACGGAGCUCCGGGACGGCGAUGGCUGGACUCCCCUACACGCUGCAGCCCACUGGGGCGUGGAGGAUGCCUGCCGUUUACUGGCUGAGCACGGUGGGGGCAUGGACUCACUGACCCAUGCGGGGCAGCGUCCCUGUGACCUUGCUGAUGAGGAGGUACUAAGUCUGCUGGAGGAACUGGCCCGAAAGCAGGAAGAUCUACGGAACCAGAAGGAAGCUUCCCAGAGCAGGGGCCCUGAGCCACAGGGCCCCUCUGGCAACAAACACCGCAGGAGCUCUGUGUGUCGUCUGAGCAGCCGAGAGAAGAUCUCCCUUCAGGACCUGUCAAAGGAGCGCCGGCCGGGGGGAGCGGGAGGGCCCCCCAUCCGGGAUGAGGAUGAGGGAGGAGAAGGCCCUACAGAGUCCUCCUUUGCAGAAAGCAGAACCCUCAACGGAGUCUCCUCUCCACCACCCUCCAUCCCUAAGAGCCCCGCGCUGCCCGAAGGAAUCCCUUUCCCCAGGCACUUCGGCCUCCAGAAGACGGGGAGCUCAGGUGCCCUGGGCCCCAAAGAAAGGUGGGGGGCUGAGGGUGCCCCUGGGGCUGGACUGCAGCGCUCAGCGUCCUCCUCUCAGCUGGAAGGCACCUCCACUCAGGCCAAGGAGCCGCGUCUUGCCAGAAUCACCCCUACGCCCUCCCGGAAGGUGCUGGAACCCCCUGCCCUAAUUCUGGAACCUGAAACCUCAGUGAAGCCAAAUGCCCCUGCAGCCUCCACAGCACUCCCAGCAGACUCCCGGGACCGCAGGAGGUCCUACCAGAUGCCAGUGCGUGAUGAGGAGUCUGAAUCCCAGCGGAAAGCUCGCUCUCGCCUCAUGCGCCAGUCUCGGAGGUCUACACAGGGUGUGACUCUGACGGACCUGAAGGAGGCAGAGAAGGCCGCAGGGAAGGCCCCAGAGCCAGAGAAGCCGUCCCCACAGAGCCUGGACCCUGCUCGGAGGCCCCGAGUCCCUGGUGUCGAGAACUCUGAGGGCCCUGCACAGAGAGCAGAGGCGCCUGACGGGCAGGGACCACAGGCCGCCGGGGAGCACCUCAAAGUCAGCAAGGAACGCAGGGGGCCUGCGGAGGGGGAGGAGGCGGAGCUGGCAGAGCGAAGCUCGGUAUCCAGCAUGCCUGAAGGCAGCCCCGCAUCCCACAGGCAGCACCCCCAGCAGGACUUCCACCCAGAGCCCAAGCCAGAGUCUGAGGCGCAGGAUGGAGGUUUUCGGAAGCUGUACACAGAGUUGCGUAUGGAAAAUGAACGGCUGCGUGAGGCCCUGACGGAGACCACACUGCGGCUGGCGCAGCUCAAGGUGGAGUUGGAGCGUGCCACGCAGAGGCAAGAGCGUUUCGCUGAGAGGCCUGCCCUUCUGGAACUGGAGAGAUUCGAGCGCCGGGCCUUAGAGCGGAAGGCUGCAGAACUGGAGGAGGAGCUGAAGGCCCUGUCGGACCUCCGCGCUGACAACCAGCGGCUCAAGGACGAGAACGCAGCCUUGAUUCGAGUCAUCAGCAAGCUCUCCAAGUGACUCUGAAGGAGGCCCCUCCCCCCACCCGUAUUUAUACAGCUGCUUCUGCCACAUGCACCCCUUCCCCCGUGUGAACACGAGUGACAGGGCUCUGAGGGACGUCUCUGAGAAGCCAUAACUCCCCUGGGGACCUUCAGACUGGGUGGGGAGAGCAGAGUCCUCAGGAGCCAAGGGGGGCCACCCAAGGCCCAGAGGGAGGUAGGAGGCCGAGCCAGGUAGAGAGACGUUGCUGAGAGGGGACUGGGGCAGGAGCAGGAAGGAACCGAGGACCAGGGAACACGAGGGCCAGAAGCCAGGGACCAGAGUAGCUGCCCCGGGGGUCCCUCAACCUCACGUGUGAUGUCCCCUCAGCCACCCCCUCCCCUUCCCAAAUAGGGACCCAAGAAUGUGCCAAGAGCCCCAGCUGGCUGCAGCCAGGUGGGCCUGUAUAUAGGGGCCAGGGUUUUUCUUUUUUUUUUCUGAGGGCCACAUUCAUGUGCAAUAGGGAGGGAUGUCUUCUAUUUUUUGCUGCCCCCUACCGGCCGACUGUCCGGGGCAGGGGGAGAAGGUAUUUUUGAGAGACAAAGCACAGGCACCACAAAUAAAGACGUGAAGUUGCCA